AUGAUCUUAACUGCGGUUGCUUUGGUAUCGAUUACUGGAACCAUAUUGUUAAAUAGUAUCGAAUUAGUGUAUGCUAUUAUUUCACUGGCUGUGGGAUUUAUCUUAGGUGCAUUCGCAAUUCUGUCAGGUUUCACAUCUAGAAAUUUAAAUAACAAAGGAACAACCACAUUCACCAUCAUAUCAAUUGUACUUCUCAUCAUAGGAGUAGUCUUGAUGGCUUCCAGUUAUGUUCAUGAAAAACUCAGAAUCUUAUCCGGUGCUUUUUUGGGUCUGGGUUUAUCUGUCAUAUUGUUUAUGCUGACGAAAAUGCUGAGGUUAACUCGGGACAAGUCGUUUGCUUCAAUCCUAUUCAUAUCUUACGUAUUAUGGUUAGUACAAAUGGGAAUUUGGUUCUCAAUAUCUGAUUGUUUUAUUGGAAAUGUCACCAUUUUCAACCAACCAUUUCUUCUAUAA